AGCUCCAAAAGCGACUUCCCUCCGGACGCAAAGACUGCGCUCACGCGCGCUGCUUCCGUCUCUCCGUCUCCACCUGAACGCCAUGGGUCCGAAAGUGGCGGUCUUUAACAUGGAGAUUGUGGGCACGGUGAACCCGGUGUUGCCCGUGGUGAAGGAGCUGGUGUCCAGGGGCUGCGAGGUCCGCUACUACUUCAACAAGGAGACCUACGUGAAGGACCUCCGUGCAGCUGGAGCUGAGCCCGUGAAGUUCGACGACUACUUCCUCCGCUGGGACGAGCUCUAUCAGGAGGAAGCUGAAUGGCUUCAUCGCCAUGGCUAUGGUCCAGAAGCCAUCAAAGAACUUCCCUCAAGUGAGGGGACCAUGGUCUCCAGGAUGCUGUUGAACUGUCUGCCUGCAGGCCUUUGCCUCACGAAGCGUCUCAGCAAGCUCUGGCAGGAUGCCUGGCGUCCGGACGUGGUGCUCUACAACGUGAUGCUUUUGCAUCCCUUCUUGGCGGCCAAGCAGUUGGGCAUCCCCACCGCCUCCUUCUCCACCUAUCCCGGGCCAGGCACUCCUAUGCACCUCUACCAGCAGAAGUUCGAGGAGCGUGAAGCCUACGACGAGCAGCUGGCACGUCAUCCUGCUGUGGCGCCGGCGAAUGCGUUGGCCGCGAAGCUCUUCGGCGUGGACGUCCUCCAGACACAACUGUUGGGCCGCUUCUUCAGUGAUCAGAUCAACAUCGUGUAUUCCAUCCCUCAGCUGCAAGGCCUGGUGAACGAGAACCAGCGACAACGAUUGGAGGGUUCGGCCUUCCAUUGGGUGGGCGCCACUGACCCUCAGCUCUGCGGUCUUGUGCCACGUGUGGAGAGUGCCGAUGCUGAGGAGAUGACGCGGCUCCCGGGGAUGAAGGUGGUGUUAGUGUCCUUGGGCAGCUUGACGGUGGAGUGCCGGUGGGACAUGCCGGAGCACGUGUCUUCGCUGGGACUCAUCACUGGCAAAGACUUCAGCCAGCGCCUCUGGAGCGAGCUUUUGGACAGCUUCGGUGGGCGCAGCGACGUGCAGGUGAUCCUGUCCAUUGGCACCCGGGAGGAAGCACGAGAGCUCUUGGGAGAUCUGCCCUCGAACUUCUCUGCUCAGACCUUCUUGGAUCAGAUCAACGCCUUGAAGAGCGCGGACCUUUUCAUCACUCACGGCGGCGCCAACAGCAUCAAGGAGGCCACCUUGCUGGGAGUGCCGAUGAUCGUGACGCCCUUCUGCGUGGACCAACCGACCAACGGUGAGGCCAUCCAACGCUACGGCGCCGGCGUGUGCUUCUCCGAUCUCAUGGCCACGCCGCGAGGCGAGCUCUCCCGUGCCGUGGAGCACGGCCUGGGCGGCGCGGCGCUCGGCUGGCGCCAGCGGAGCUCCGAGCUCGGAGAGGCCUUGCGACGAGCUGGUGGUGCGCAAGCGGCUGCAGAGGCGUGUCUUUCUUUGCUUUCUCUCCGCGCAUCCGCGGGCGGCGCAUGAGAGCGCUCCCGAGACACUCUCUUCCUCUUUCACACCAUCGUCUUCGGACCAACGAACCCGUGCGGACCGGAACGAACGUGGACCGACGUCUCGCGACGCACGGCACGCAGAUGGACCAUCUCACAUGACGUGGGCAAGGUUGUUGUGAAUGGUCCGCAGCAAACGAAUUGGAUGCUAAUCACUUUGUUCUUCAUAACACGUUCAUUCACCUGCAGAUCUGGGCCCGCCCAGCAGAUUGCCCUUCAGACCAUUUCAGACGUUUCUCCAAACAACAGAGGUCAAAAUCACGGAGCUUCAAGAACUGCGCGAUCGGAAAGGAGAAGCAACUUCACGAUUCACAAGUUGUAAGGUGCCUUUUCUCCUUUUCUGGACCAAACAAGUCCUGUUGUAAAGCUUUCGCAGUGGAAGUGUCCAUAUAACAUGUCUGUAGCACGAAGUUUAAUUCAUGAGACGGAGACUUUGGUUCUAAGAACAUGCUCCGACAUCCUAAAGACGACCCCAGAACUCCUUCCGCAGAGGUCGGAGGGAGUUUUUGGGCUGGCUGCACAGUGUACAGGGUGACAGGCCAAACUCUGCUGGAGUAGUAUAGUACGUUCCAGCGAGUUCAUCAGAGUUGUACAGAGAAUUUCUUGAUGGUUUGGUGUUCCACAAACCAGC